AUGCUACAAGCUCUCGCCAUUCCACCAAAUAUAUUCAUCGCUCACAAAUAUCUGAACUAUAUCUUUUGCAUUCUGGCUUCACUCGAACGGAGAGAAACUGUUGCGAAGGCAGUUCCUUACCUCGGUCCACUUGAGUACUUCCUCAACACUCCGUCUAGCCACCGAGUUCAUCAUGGCAGAAACCCUUACUGCAUCGACAGGAACUAUGGAGCUGUCUUGAUUAUUUGGGACAGGUGA